CCAGGAAAUGCUCACUGGCGUGGUGGUCAUCUCUGGGAAGGACUCGACCCAGCACCAGGGCGUCACUUUGACGGUGGAGGGCACCGUGAACCUCCAGCUCAGCGCCAAGAGCGUGGGUGUGUUCGAAGCUUUCUAUAACUCAGUGAAGCCCAUCCAGAUUAUCAACAGCACCAUCGAAAUGGUGAAGCCAGGAAAGUUCCCCAGUGGCAAGACAGAAAUUCCCUUUGAGUUUCCUCUGCACGUGAAGGGGAACAAGGUUCUGUACGAGACGUACCACGGCGUGUUUGUCAACAUUCAGUACACCCUGCGCUGUGACAUGAAACGGUCCCUGUUGGCCAAGGACGUAACGAAGACCUGCGAGUUCAUCGUCCACUCUGCCCCUCAGAAGGGGAAACUGACUCCGAGUCCCGUGGACUUCACUAUUACACCUGAAACCUUGCAGAACGUCAAAGAGAGAGCCUUGCUCCCCAAAUUUCUCAUCAGAGGACAUCUCAACUCGACCAAUUGUGUUAUCACACAGCCACUAACAGGAGAGCUGGUGGUCGAGAGCUCGGAGGCUGCCAUCAAAAGCAUAGAGCUGCAGCUGGUCCGCGUGGAGACCUGUGGGUGUGCAGAAGGAUACGCCCGCGAUGCCACAGAGAUUCAGAAUAUUCAGAUCGCCGAUGGGGAUGUUUGUCGGAGCCUCUCGGUCCCCAUAUACAUGGUCUUCCCCCGGCUGUUCACCUGCCCUACGCUGGAGACCACCAACUUCAAAGUGGAGUUUGAGGUUAACGUCGUCGUGCUCCUUCACGGUGACCACCUCAUCACGGAGAACUUCCCGCUGAAGCUGUGCAGGAUGUAGCGGGCAGGGGGACGCAGCGGGACCCCCUCUGCAGGAGCACAGCGGCUUUCUUGAUGACUCUGUAGCAGAAUGGCUCCGACACCGCAGGUCACAGUCACUGCUUCCUCAUUUCCUUGAGGCUUUUGCUUCCAGCGGGGCCUCUGGUCAGACGUUGUCUUUGAAAUUCAUCGGGAUUUCUUCAUGCUACUGGCGAGCUCAUUUCCCAGGAAGCAGAAUGCCCUAUGACUCCUGGCUUCCCUGCUGCUUUUCCGGGGCACAGGACAGUUGUAACGGCAGCUUGAGCUUUGCUGGAAAGUGAGGUCGUGGGGACAAAGGAAACCCUUCGUGCCUGGCUAAUGGAUGUGGCCGGGCCCCCCGCCAACAGAGCGACUGCCGUCGGGCGACCACCGUGGGCGACAGGCGUGCUCCUUGGCUGUGGCGUUUGCAGACACCCUCCAAGGAGGAGUGCAAAGCGUGUGGCAGUUUUUCCCACUGUGUUCUGUAGUUCUUUCCCAACAUUUGCACAGUAACUUUACAACUUGUAGGAAGCUGGGGGUGUCCACUGCUGGAGGCUCGCGUUGUCGGAUUCUCCCAUUCGAGCACGUGGAGAGGAAGGGGAGGUGGAGGAAGGAGUCUGAACCAUGACGCUAACACAGUGUUUUGGAAACGCCCGUUUAGGCAGGAACACGCUUUGGCUAUCAGCAUCGGCAGAAAUGGGGCUCGGCUCCAGCUCCCAGCUGCAGUGUGAAUUCCAGAGUAAAGGUGGGCAGGAAAGUAAAAAAUAAAUGUUGAAGGAAGCGAAAGUCCCGGGCCUGAAUUCGUCCGGAGUCCCUGCUCUGGUAGCUGGUGGGGAGGUACAACGCUGACGUCGUUUCUGCCCUCCACAUGGGUGUCUGUGUCUGACUUGCCCUGUAAAAACUUGGAAGCUGAGCUUGCCCCCUCUUGCUAGCUGUGAGGGGGGCUGGAGCAGAGCGCCCGUGCUCUCCCACAGUCCCUCUCACACCUGCUUCUUGUUCAGAAAUGGCUGUACUGUCAUGGACCCAUGCCUACCUGGCUAGGGUCUUCUGUUGGACUCCUUUGCAGCUAGGUGUGGUCAUGUGACAAGGAUGUGGGCCACUGGAGGCCAGACCAGAAGCAGGCCUGCACCGCAUCCUAGACCAUGCCAGACAAAUGCGUGAGCCCAACGUCUCACCUCCCACGUGAGUUGUGGCUCACGGAAGCAAAUGGGCUCGCCUGCAAGCCCCCGGAUUGCUGGGUGUCUGGGCUGUAGCAGCCAAGGAAAAUGGGCUGGUUUUCACUGUCACUAUUCAGACGAUUAAAAAGACUAAGUUAUGGCUUUCUCAGGAAGAAGUGUCAACACCAAGAAUAAACUCUGUGAUGACAGCUGUA